AAACCGGUUCUGAGGCGCAGCGGCGGAGGAGCAGCUCUGACCGGCAGCAGGUCGCAGGAAGCGGCCUGGAUGUAGCGGAGCUGUCGGGGUUUUUAUUUACCGGGUUGUUGGGUUUAUUUUUACUCAUUUUUUAGCGGCUGUUGUUUUUUUUUCUCUCUUUUUUGCGGGUUUUUUUCCUGGCGGAAUGUGCGGCUCCUCCUCGGCUGCUCCUCCAACUUUGUGAAUCUGAGCUCUGAUGGUGAAGAGGCGCCGCAGAGGAUGGGAGUAACCAGCUGGUCCUCCAGGUGCCUCGCUCUGCUGCUCGCGCUCCACAUAGUCUCAGUGUUUCGGACGGUGCUGGUCAGUGCUGGUCAAUGUGACUCGGUGUUUAAAGGUUUCUCAGACUGUCUGAUUCAGUUGGGAGACGACAUGGCCAACUAUCCCCAGGACCUGGACGACAGGGAGAACCUGCACAAGAUCUGCACCUACUGGGAUAACUUCCACUCCUGUGCCACGACGGCACUGGCCGACUGCCAGGAGGGAGCGACGGACCUCUGGGACAAACUGAAAAAGGAGUCCCGCAACCUGAAUUUCCGUGGGAGUUUGUUUGAACUCUGUGGCGGCGGCAACGGAGCCCCCAGAUCGGCAGACGCCAGGGGCCUGGUCCUGGUCCUGACCACGCUGCCCACCGUACUGACUUGGCUGGCAUUUUAACGGAAACGAGGAAAAACAUAGAAACAGGAAGCGAUGGGAAGUUUAAAAAAAAAUAAACAAAAAAAAAAGGGGUGGGGGAUCCAUGCGAAAAAAUAUAAAAUAGAAAAAGAGUGAUAGCUGCUCUUAGAUACUGAAACUACAACAUCAAGGAGUUUGAAUUCAUCACAAGAUAAAGAAAAAAGAAAAAAAAAACAGCCAGAAUGGAUUUGUACUGCGACAUCACUGUACAGCGGCCUGGUUUGCCUUCCUGGGACUCUGCUGGCCGUCCUCCCGGAGCGCUCAUCCAAUCGCACGCUGACCUGCCCCGGAGGUCGAUCACAUGAAAUAUUCAACAUGCAGCCGUCGAGCUGAAACGAUGACAAUGAUGAAACUUUGAUGGAUUCUUGCCCGCUUACAAUCGUGGAAUUACACAGUAUUAAAGUCAACCAUGAAUUAUUGAUGUUCAGUAGGCUAGGUCCAGACAGCGCUGUGUGACUGCAGGGUGCUGACACAGUACCAGGCUGGACGUUAGGGUUCCCAUAUAGUCUACGCCAUAUGGGAACCCUAAUAUGCAUAUAUGACCUACAGUACGUAUACAUGUGUAACGUCAGGCCCAGCUUAACGCCACAAAAUCAAUAAGACAAGCCGCGGCCUCGAAACCAUCAGGGUUCCGAUAUAGCCUACAGUACGAUAGACUGUAUGGGAACCCUAAUAUAUCUAUGUGUAUAUGGACCAAUGGCCUAUGUGGACACAUACAUGUAUACAUACUGUAGGUUAUAUGGGAGCCCUAAUACAAAUAUAUAGCCUGUGGUACAUAUAAACAUGUAAUGCCAGGGCCAGGUUCACCCCACAAAAUCAAUAAGACAAGCCAAGACCUUGAGCCUGGUAGGCUAUAUAGGCAUAGUAGGGUUCCCAUAUAGCCUACGGUACAGAUAUAAGUACCCAUAGAGUCUAUGGAGACAAGCUGAGGAAUGAAGACCAUUAGGCUAUAUAUGUAUAUUAGGGUUCCUAUAUAUCCUACAGUAAACAUACGUAUGUAUAUCAGGGUUCCCAUAUAGACUAGGGUAGACUAUAUGGGAACCCUGAUAUACAUAUAUAGCCUACAGUACAUAUAUACAUGGAACACCAGGCCCAGCUUAAUGCCACAGAAUCAAUAAGACAAGCCAAGGCCUGGAGCCCAUUUCAGACCCGUCGCCUCAUUUCCAUCAUGGACAGUUUUUCCUUUUUUACGACGCCAAGUUGAGUGUGGUAGAUCUGAUGGACUGAAUGCCUGAUUGUGAUGUAAUAUUUGUACUUGUAUUGGCUAUUUAUUGUGCUCGGGCCACGGUCACACCAGCUCCGUUCAUGAAGGAAGUGGUCGGAACCGGCAGCAAUGCCAGUUUUGUAAAACGUCGUCCCGAGAAGGUCGGCGUUCAGGAAGCAAAGCUAUUUUAGUAUCGACCUUUGACCCAUGCAGCAUGGCUUGCAGUCAGUCGUGAGUCUUAAAUUUAUAGUGUUUUGUUUCUCGAGCUGGCCAGCUUGCUACCACUUUAUAAAAAUCAACGCCACGUGAAGAAAUUCUGGCUGUGUCAGUUCCUGGUGUGACCGUAGCCUUUUUUCCCCACCAAACACUGAGGUGUAGGGAUGUAGUUGACUAUAAAGCCUGCUUUUCUAGACUGACCUUAACCUGCAUGAUAUCAGUUCAGAGAGUCUCAGACAUUUCAGGAAAUGGGCACAAACCACAAUGUGUUGACGGAUUCACGUUAGCUGGAGGCUAGCCAAACAAACUUCAGAUCAUUUUAACCACACAUUUUGUUUAAUCCAGCAAAUUCUGUCCAACUGGGUCACAAAUCUCCUGUUGUAAAUAGCUAGCUGGGUUUUAGUUUACAGUUCCGUAUAGCUAACACAUUAGCUACUAAAACGGAUUGUUUUAGCUUAGCAACCAAAACAAAUUAGGUCGUGUUGGCUAACUGCAUGGUGUACCUGUUAAAGUGACUGACUGUGAUUAGCUUAAAGGUCAUGAUGCGAAAUAGUUUAGCAGUUAAAACAGACUGAACUAGCUAAGUCAAAGACCCAGUUUGGUGUGGUAGUUAAGAGCCUGGAAGCUAAAAGAGAUGAUAUUUGUGUUGAUAGCUAAUAACCAUUUGGUUAGAGAUUAAAAACAGAUUACCAUGUUAGUCAACAGUUUGGUAAAAUAAGUAAACUGUAACCAGGUUAGCUCAGUGCUAGCUAAAAAAAGUAGUUUGAAAAACACAUCAGAUCAGGUUAGCUAACGGUUCAGUUAAGCAGUUACACGGAUUGAGUCACCUGGGCUAAAUAUAGCUAACAGUUUAGCAGCUAAAUUUAAUGAACUAAGAAGCAGCUAAACUAGAACGAGCUUGUUUAGCUAACAAGUUAGUGGUUAACAGUUUAUUUUAGAGUCUAAUUCAGAUUGUGUUUGUCAGGUUAGCCAGCCAUGUGGUUAGCAGCUAAAAUACAUUAGGUCAGGUUAACUAACAUAUCAGGAAGCAACUAAAAUACAAACACAGUAUAGCAAGCAUACUAAGUCUGAUUAGUUUAUAGCUCAGUUAAAUUGGGUUGGCUCAAGUUAGCCAACAGUUCAGUUCAGCAGCUACAACAAAGAAUGAGAUCUUAGCUUAGCUUAGAGUUUUGUUUAAAAUAGAUCAAGGCAGGCCCGCUAACAAUUCAGUUUAGAGGCUAGAACAGAGAAUGUGGUGUUGGCAGGUACAUAUGACUGUGCCAAGUUAGGUAACUGUUGGGCUAGCUUUUAAAAAUGUAUAAGGUUAGAUUAGCGAACAAUUUGAUUCACAGUUAAAUCUUAUUGGGCUGGGUUAGCUAAAUAUUUGGUUAGCAGCUAAAACGUAUUAGACAUGGUUUAGCUAAAUAUUUGGUUAGCGACUAAAAUGUAUUAAGUCCAAUUUUCAAACAAAUUAGAUCAGGUUAGCCAACAAUUUGGUUAGCAGCUAAAACAAAAUAAGUCAAAUUAGCCAACAAUUUGGUUAGCAGCUAAAAUGUAUUGGACAUGGUUUAGCUAAAUAUUUGGCUAGCAGCUAAAACAUGUCAAGUCAAGUCAGCUAACAAUUUGACUAGCAGCUGAAACAUAUUGGAAGCAGUUAAAGUAGGUCAGGCUAGCUAACAGAUUAAGGUAAACUCUUCCUUUCAGCUUGGAUUGUGAUUUGAUCCUAAAAAAUUCUAUUCAAACAGAAUAUUUGUUCUGAAUUCUACCCAGAUUUAAGCUAAAAGUAUUUUAGAAAAUAGCAUUUCUGUGUUUUCUUCUUGAAUCAGUUUUUCUGUCCAGACGUCGCGCCCAUUUCCUGAAAUCCAGAUGAAAGCAAGUUAAAUUUCAGAGCAAAACUGAUGGAAACUCUAUAAGUACCUUUUGGACGUGAAAGUAGCAGAACAUUGAAAUGAACUUUAGUUGAUGUUGGCGGUAAAUCUCCACCGUCCUCCUGUCAUGUACAUCGAGUCUGUGUGCUAAACGGUUACCCAGAGAUGAUGUUUUGAAAUGCCGACAGCAAUACGAAGAUGUGACUUCAUGGCCAGUGUAGCUAAAAAAAAAUAAAAUCAAACCGUGGCUGAAGAGUGAUAUGACUGUUGCCAUUUAGCACAUCCCCCCUUUUCAUAGCAGCGAUCCAUACUAGACAAGUUUAGGUGAUAUAUUUUAGGUCUGUAUGUUAGAAUAAAAAGCCCAACGAUAUGGUAGCAUCAUAAAACACAGUAAAUAAAUCCAGAGAGGUUGUUUGUUUCUUUGCCGAGGCACCGACGACGAUUCCACUGCCUUCUAACAAAAAGACGUGUACUUCUGUUUGUUUGCUGGUUUGUCUCUUUGUUUGUUUAUGGGGAUGUUGCGUAACAAAAAGAGUUUAAAAAAAGAAAAUAUUCCAAAAAUCAUUUAACAAGAGAAUAUGUAUAUGAAGAGGAAAACUAAAAAAAAAGGCUCUAUUAUAGAUAGUCUAUCCCAGACACAGUUUUAACACCAGAGUGAUACUUUACAAAUUAUAGGCCGACUGAGGUAUAAAAAAAUAAUAAUACAAGAUUGCUAAAAUGAUAAAGAGUAAUAAAUAAAAAGACUAAUGUUUGAAAAUAAA